CGGACGGGCAUGGCGCGGAAGAGGCGAGGCUGACCCGGAAGGGGUGGAGGUUGUGCCGGCGGCGGCAUUGGAGGCCGCCCCGUUCCUUCCCCUCGCCUCAGUGCGGGCUGUGGCUGAGAGCGGGGAAAAGGUGGUCGCCUGUGUGUUUCACGUCCAGGGCAACUCCGCAAAGCUGCUCGGUCGGGAGGAGGAGAGAAGACAUGCCUGUCCCCCCCUCUUCCUCCUCCCUCCUGUCCCCCUUAGCCAAGGCCCCUCGGUGAGUGAGCAGCCCCUCGCCAUGCAGAGUGGGGAGGCUCUCGCCGCGGUCCCUCCCGUGGCACAAGCCUCCCCGCCUCUCCCAGCCCCCGCCAUGAAGGCCUCGGAGAGCAGCGAGGGCAGGACGGAGGCGGGCCCCCUGGCCCAGAACUGCCCCAGCAAGGCCAGCACCGCCAGCAGUAGCAGCAGUAGCAGCGGCCUCAGCAGGGGAAGCGCCGCCACCAAGGCCUGGCAGUACAGUGAUCACAUGGAAAAUAUUUCCGGAUAUCUAAUGAAAUACACAAAUCUAGUCACAGGAUGGCAAUAUAGGUAUUUUGUCUUAAACAAUGAAGCUGGCCUUUUGGAGUAUUUUGUAAACGAACAGUCCAGAAAUCAAAAACCUAGAGGGACCUUACAGCUGGCAGGAGCAGUGAUCUCCCCUAGUGAUGAAGAUUCACAUACCUUCACAGUGAAUGCUGCUAGUGGAGAACAAUAUAAACUAAGAGCUACUGAUGCCAAAGAACGGCAGCACUGGGUUAGCAGGCUUCAAAUAUGCACACAGCAUCAUACUGAAGCAAUUGGAAAGAACAAUCCUCCUCUGAAAUCUCGCAGCUUCUCCCUUGCAUCUCAAGGAAGUGGCUCUCCCGGUGUGCAGAGAAGGCCCAGCCAAAAUGCAGCUUCUUUUUUUAAUGUUGGCCAUCACAGGUUACCAGCUGGGAAGAGAAUUCCCAUUCUGCAGCCAGAUCACUUAAUUGACGUACGAGAGAAGAUGUAUCAAGCUGAGGGACAGCAAAGAGACCUUGUAAGAAGCAUAGAAUGCCUUCCUACUUCUGGUCAUUUCUCUUCCUUGGACCAAGAUCUGCUGAUGCUCAAGGCAACUUCCAUGGCAACAAUGAAUUGCUUAAAUGAUUGCUUCCACAUUCUCCAACUACAGCAUGCAUCACAACAGAAAGGAUCCCUGUCUAGUGGAACAACUAUCAGUUGGUUGGAACCCAAGAUUUCGCUGCCAAACCACUUCAGAAAUGGAACAGAUCAGAAUUUCUCAGCUGAUCAAAACAAGCCAUCAUCGGUCACAGAGGAAGAGAACAUUUCAGGAUCCAGUCAACUAACUAGGGAACCAGAGGAAAUAAACCCAGAUGAAGAAGUGGAAGAUACAUGUGACAAUAAAGAAGAUGACCUUGGAGCUGUGGAAGAGCAACGUAGUGUCAUCUUACAUCUUCUGUCUCAACUCAAACUUGGCAUGGACUUAACAAGAGUGGUUCUACCCACUUUUAUUUUAGAGAAGCGCUCUUUGUUGGAAAUGUAUGCUGACUUCAUGUCCCAUCCGGAUCUCUUCAUUGCAAUUUCAAAUGGCACCAGCCCUGAGGAGAGGAUGAUCCGCUUUGUCGAGUAUUACCUCACUUCCUUUCAUGAAGGCCGCAAAGGGGCAAUUGCAAAAAAGCCAUACAAUCCAAUCAUUGGGGAAACAUUUCACUGCUCAUGGAAGAUGGCAAAGAGCCAUGUACCAUCUGACACAAAUAGUAACUCUUCCUCCCAUUCCCUUUGUGAACAAGGGACUCUCUCAGAAGAUUCACAGGACCAAGCAGAGUCUGAUUGUUACACAGUCAGAUUUGUAGCAGAACAAGUCUCUCAUCAUCCUCCAGUCUCAGGGUUUUAUGCUGAAUGUGUGGAGAGGAAGAUGUGUGUUAACGCUCAUGUCUGGACAAAGAGUAAAUUCUUAGGCAUGUCAAUAGGAGUGACAAUGGUUGGGGAAGGUAUUUUAAGUCUACUGGAACAUGGGGAGGAAUACACAUUUUCCCUGCCUUGUGCGUACGCUCGAUCAAUUUUAACUGUCCCUUGGGUAGAACUAGGAGGAAAAGUCAGUGUUAAUUGUGCAAAAACAGGAUAUUCUGCAAGUAUUACUUUUCACACAAAGCCCUUCUAUGGUGGUAAACUUCAUCGAGUUACUGGUGAAGUCAAGCAGAAUGCUACCAACACUGUGGUUUGUAGAGUACAAGGCGAAUGGAACAGUAUCCUUGAAUUCACCUACAACAACGGAGAAACAAAAUGCAUGGAUUUGACAAAGUUGUCUGUGACAAGGAAGCGAGUGCGGCCCAUUGAGAAGCAAGGGCCAUUUGAAUCCAGGAAAUUGUGGCAGCAUGUGACAGAAUCCUUGAGGGAUGGGGACAUUGACAAGGCAACAGAGCAUAAGAAAACCCUUGAGGAACAGCAGAGAAAUGAGGAGCGGCUCCGAGCUGAGACAGGCACACCCUGGCAGACUAAGUACUUUGUUAAAGAUGGAGAUGGUUGGGUUUAUUAUAACCCCCUUUGGAAAAGAAUGGCUGCCAUACAAAAUCAAGAAGUGGACAACAAUUAGAUGGCGUUUGAUCAACAUUAAUCUUCACACAUGUCUAAUCCCUGCAACUUCCAAAAUGCUGUAUCUCACUUCAGAGUCCUUGGGGAUUUUUAUAUAAUUGCACAAAACUAAGUAAGCGUAAAGGCAUAAAACAGCUAGGGCACUUUAAGGUUGCAGCAAGACUAAAGGUAGCAAGAAAGAGAAUCUUGCCAGAUGCGUUUCCCCGUCUCCCAAAUACGUUUUUAUAUAACGCUCAAGAUUUUAUCUGAACUGUAUAUUGUGUUCUAAGCACACCCUGCUGCAAAAGCUGCCUAAAGUGUUUUUUAAAAACAACAAAAUGACAAAAAAAAUCCUGCUCCUAGAAGCAGUGAUAUUCGGAGCUGCUGUGCUGUUUUACCCAAGUGGAUUUACCUCUGGAGUAAUACCUGAACCGUGUUUCAGAAACCAGGCUUCAGUUUCCACUCAUUACUGAACUACUACUCAGUGCCCAUGUAAAAGGGGGAGAGGGGCUGUCUUUUGCUGCUCUGAAUAACUCUCACUGGAAACAUUGAAGAGGAGGCUUUUGAUAAGUUUGACCUUGGAAUCAGUGUUAUGAACUGUCUGGAUCAGGACUUGAUACUUCCUAAAAAAUAUUCUUCAGAGGCAAUAUGUGCAUGGCUGUGGAACAAUGCGGGAUUCAUAUAAGCCACAUCUUUUUAAAAAAUCUAAAAUUACAAUUAGAGAUGUAACUGUUUUUUUCCUUUAUCUGAGAGGGUUCAGUGGAGAGGAAGAUGAGGACAGGGCUAAAAUUUAGAGUAAUUUUCAAACCCAGAUUUAGCCCCAUGUCCUUAAUGAACCAUUCAUAACUGCUUUAUAUUGUAAAUAAUGCAAAGAGGCUCUCUUUCUCAAAAGACCAAGGCCUGGAUGAUGCAGCUUUUUCAGAAAAAUCGUAUUUGUUUGCUUUAAUGCCCUGCCCGAACUCCCCUUCUCCUUGAAUCAUCUCUGAGAUAGAGUCAGUGUUAUAAACCAUCCAGGCAAGUAAUCCCAUUUGUCUUCACUGUAUAUUCAAAGUCAAACACCUGUGUGUGCCCGUUGAGUACAAAGACCUUUCACUUUGCUUUUUCUAUUGCACCUGAAAAGGCUUGUUUUUUGCUAUGAGACUGCAUGCAGAGCCAGAUGCAAUCUGAUAUCAGGAAGCCAUGUUCAGGCAAAAAUGUUAUUCGUUUUUUAUGAUACCAAUGUUUUAUUGAAAUCUAAGAAUUGCUGGCAAUUAAGAAUAGUACUGAUUUCUGGCUUUCAUUCUUGUUAUUACUACAAGCUACCUUAAUUUUUCUAAGAGUGGUGCCUUACUCCGUCUCUUCUGAUGUAGUCUUCCAAUCAGUGUAUAUAUCAUAAACUGUCAAUUUCUGGUUCUUGUCAACAGUGGGGGCCUCUUCCUACCAUCAUGAAAAACGUAUGAAUUCUGUGUGUGCUGGUCAAGUGUUUCGAUUUCCCCCCCUUCCAUAUUCAGAGAAGUAUCCAGCUGGAUUCUAGAGUGGUUAAAUAGCCCUAACUCAUUUUACACAAAGACUUAAAAGUGUGCAGAAAAAGAAGCUGGGGUUUUUAUGCACAAGUGUUGAGAUAUCCUUGUAUCUUUUUUUUUUCUUUUGCUGUGAAAUGCACUGAAAUCUUAAUGCGAGUAGUGUAAAAUUCCAUGUGUGAGAAGUGGGGAGGGGAGGAAAUAAAGCUACAAAAAUUAACAA